GUUGGCCCCAAUUGCGCAUUUCCAUCCCCUGCCGAAGUCUCGUGUCCUCCAAAACCGCAUCCAUCUGUUUUCUUCCCGCAGCCUCGCCGCCGACCCAAGGAAGGAGCUUCCAGAAGGUUCGGGAAGAAGGAGGAUGGGCGAGUUCGACGACUACUGGGCGCGGGCGUACAGGGGCGACUCCGGGGUGCCGCACUCCGACCCGCAGCGCCUCGUCUCCACCUGGACCGGCGCCUUCGCCCUCGGGGCCGCCGCCUGCGUCCACCACCACGCCUCCGCACUUGCCUCCCACCUCAAGUCCCUCCCCCAAAGCUUGCAAGACAUGACAAUGAUGCUUGAUCAAAAGCGCUGGAAGAAAAUUCUCGAGAAGAAGCAACAGCAAGCUUAAGUCAGGCAAGCUUCUAUCCAGUCAACUGUGGUGCGGAAAGUUUUGGAGCUCUAAGGUUUUAUGGAUUGAGGUUCUACUACUUUUGGUUUCCCUGUGUAAUGUUAGAACUUGACCUGUGAAGACUGAAGUGUUUGUUUUAAUCUGCUACUAUUCUGGUGUUUACUCCUGCUCAGAUACUGAGAUGAUGAGCGCUGAAUGAUUUGUCCAUUCUUAAAAUCUUUAUGAUCCUUUGAUCAUAUGCAACAGAAACUUUACACCA